UUUUCCUGCCAGAGGCCGCAGCAAGCCCGCGCGAAGAGGCGUGGGGCGAGGGCGGGGCUUAGGGAAAGUCCAAGGGUCUCGGGACCUGGCGGUCGCGAUCUCUCAGUUUUGUGGAACCUGCGGCGCCUCGCCGGCCGCCAGAAUGGAGAGUAGGUGCUACGGCUGCGCUGUCAAGUUUACCCUCUUCAAGAAGGAGUAUGGCUGUAAGAAUUGUGGCCGGGCCUUCUGUUCUGGCUGCCUUAGCUUCAGUGCAGUGGUGCCCCGGACUGGGAAUACCCAACAGAAAGUCUGCAAGCAGUGCCACGAGGUCCUGACCAGAGGAUCUUCUCCUGCCAAUGCCUCCAAGUGGUCACCACCUCAGAACUACAAGAAGCGUGUGGCUGCCUUGGAAGCCAAGCAGAAGCCCAGCACUGUCCAGAGCCAGGGACUGAUCCAACAAGACCAAGUCAUUGCUGAGCGCCUAGCGCGGCUCCGCCAGCAGAACAAGCCCAAGUCAGUGGCCUCACAGGCGGAGAUAGAAGCCAGGCUAGCUGCACUGAGGGAUGAACCCCGGGGUUCCAUCCCUUCCACCCAGGAGAUGGAGGCACGGCUUGCUGCACUGCAGGGCAGAGUUCCACCUUCCCAGACCCCCCAACCUCAGGCACAUCAGCCACCAGACACCAGGACCCAAGCCCAACAGGCACAGGAUCUGCUGACACAGCUGGCCGCGAAGGUGGCUAUUGAUGAGAGCUGGCAACGAGGAGGCCCAGCCGCCUCCGUCCAGAAUGACCUCAACCGAGGUGGCCCAGAGGGCCAGAGCGCUAAUUCCACGGGGCAGGCCACCUGGUCCCUGGAAGAGGAGAAGAGCAGGCUGCUGGCUGAGGCAGCGAUCGAGCUGCGGGAAGAGAACACGAGGCAGGAGAGGAUCCUGGUCCUCGCCAAGCGCCUGGCUGUGCUUCAGGGCCAGGACCCUGAUAAAGUGACCCUCCAGGACUAUCACCUCCCAGACAGUGAUGAUGAUGAGGACGAGGAGACAGCCAUCCAGAGAGUCCUGCGGCAGCUUACGGAAGAAGCUGCCCUGGAUGAGGCAAGUGGCUUUAACAUCCCUGUGGAGCCCGUUCUCCGAGCCCGGGCCCAGUCCUGCAGGGCAGAGCCUGAGGCCCAGGCCAUGGCUGCCAGGCCCGAGGCUGAGGAAGAGGAGCUCCCCUGGUGCUGCAUCUGCAAUGAGGACGCCAUCUUGCGCUGCACUGGUUGCGACGGGGACCUCUACUGCGCCCGCUGCUUCCGGGAAGGCCACGAUGCCUUUGAAAUUAAAGAGCACCAGACGUCUCCCUACUGCCCACCGCGCUCAGGCCGAGAGCACUGAGGAAACCAGGCAGGCAAGCCCACCUCUGGGCCCAGCCUCAGGGCACCCAAUGGGAGAGUGAGUCAGCCUAGAUUGCUCAUGGAUGCGCCCUUUCCUGAGCCUCAGUGUCCCUGGAAGGAAGGAAGGACUCUCCAUUUGAGAUGAUAACUGGGGGGAGCCAGAGCAAAGGCAGAAGUCAGGAGCCCACCAACAGCCAAGCCUGGACUGGGAAUGAGGUGUGGUAGGGAAGAGACGAGACUGAAUCUAAGGGUGAUGAGCCUUGAAACUUGCUCAAGGGCCCAGGGCCCUUCCCCGGCACUUAGUGGAUCUAAUAAAAAAUGUUGAUGUCUUAA